AUGGAUCCCGUGAUAGAUGAACAAUUAGAUUAUGGAGAUGGGGAAUCUGGUCCAAAAAUGCAAUAUCAUCAAGUUGGAGCUAUACCUGCGCUUGUGGAGGAGGAAAUGAUAGGCGAGGAUGAUGAAUAUGAUGAUCUCUACAAUGAUGUUAAUGUUGGAGAGGGUUUCCUGCAGUUGCAGCAGUCUGAGGCAAAAAUGCCUGCUCUUGGUGUUGGCAAUGGUGAAUCCCAAGCUCCAAAAGCUAAUGUUUCUGAUGCUAGAAAAGAAGCAAGAGUCUUAAAAGAGGUGAGCAUUCCUGGGGCUGGAAAUGCUAAUGAACAGAAUUAUACUUCCGCUGGGAUCCAGUGUCCUGAGCAGAAGAGUGGCUUGACAGCUGAUAGGGGACCUGAUCAGAUUAUUGAUGCCUCACAAAGGGGAAUGACAUCUGAGAUGACUCAUAAAUCUCAAGCAGGACAUUUAGGAUUUCAAGGAUCAGUUCCUAUACCCCAGAAAAUUGCUGCAAAUUCAAUUAACAUGUCAGGGAAAGUAGCUGGCGAGCCUUCUCCUAUACCAAAUUCUACUGUGGGCAGCUCAAGAGUUGUUCCAGAGAUUUCAGCCAGUAGAAUGAAUCAAAGUGCAAAUGUGAAUGUGAAUCGCAUGGUUGAUAAUGAGAACCUGAUACGGCCAGCUGUAGAAAAUGGAAAUACGAUGCUCUUUGUGGGAGAGUUGCAUUGGUGGACAACAGAUGCCGAGCUUGAGACUGUGCUCUCCCAGUACGGGAUGGUCAAGGAAAUUAAGUUUUUUGAUGAGAGAGCUAGUGGUAAAUCCAAAGGCUAUUGUCAAGUUGAAUUUUAUGAUCCAGCUGCUGCCUCUGCAUGCAAAGAUGGAAUGAACGGUCAUCAUUUUAAUGGGCGUGCUUGUGUGGUGACAUUUGCCACUCCACAGACCAUAAAACAGAUGGGUGCCUCUUACAUGAACAAGACCCAGGCCCAGGCUCCAUCUCAGCCACAGGGAAGGAGACCCAUGAAUGAUGGAGCAGGACGGGGUAAUGGAGCAAAUUAUCCCAGUGGAGAUGCAGGGAGGAAUUUUGGACGAGGUGGGUGGGGACGAGGAGGGCAGCAAAUACCUAAUAGAGGUCCUUCAACUGGACCUGUGAGAGGAAGAGGUUCUAUGGGGACAAAGAAUAUGAUUGGGAAUGCACCUGGUUCGGGUGGUGGUGCCGGUGGAGGAGCUUAUGGACAAGGCCUCACAAGCAGCCCUGCUUUUGGUGGACAUCCUGGUAUGAUGCAUCCGCAUGGCAUGAUGGGUCCUGGAUUUGAUCCAGCAUUUAUGGGUCGAGGAGCUGGUUAUGGAGGCUUCUCAGGUCCUGCUUUCCCAGGGAUGCUUCCUCCAUUUCCAGCUGUUAACCCAAUGGGGCUACCAGGAGUGGCUCCUCAUGUCAACCCUGCCUUUUUCGGUCGAGGAAUGGUUUCAAAUGGGAUGGGUAUGAUGGGGACUGCAGGAAUGGAUGGACCUCAUUGGGGAAUGUGGAAUGACCCAAACAUGGGUGGAUGGGGAGGAGAAGAACAAGGCCGAGGGACCAGAGAAUCUAGUUAUGGUGGUGAAGAUAAUGCCUCUGAAUACGGAGAAGCAAGUCUCGAUAAAGGAGUAAGGUCUAGUGCUGCUCCCCGUGAAAAGGAACGGAACGCUGAGCGUGACUGGUCAAGUAACUCUGAGAAGAAGCCUCGUGAUGAGAGGGAGAACGACCGGGACAGGUAUGAUAGAGAGUACAAGUACAGAGAAGAGAAAGAUGGGUAUCGAGACUAUCACAAUAAAGAUCGUGACUUGGGUUAUGAGGAUGACUGGGAUAGAGGACAGUCUUCACGAUCACGUAGCAGAUCACGAGCAGUGCCAGAAGAGGAUCACAGCCUAUUUCCAGAUCGAGUUUAUCAUUGCAAAUCUCUGGCUUAUGAUGGCCCCAUAUGCUGUGUGCCUUCUGUCUUGGAAAGAGCGAAGACACAAACCGCUGUUAUUUUUAUUAAGAUCCCGGAGUUUGGUUACCUGGAGGAAGAAAAUUUAAUUGGUGAUUUCUUGGAUAUUUUCUUGAAAUGCUAG